UUUGACUUUUGUCAAAUGGAUUGUGUGAAAAAAAUAAUAAUUGAUUUUUCAUAAGUUGCUUCUUCUAGUGUCCAAUAUAUAGUCCAAUCAGUUGUUGCCUAGCGAUCUUGAUUUCUUGCUUCAAGAGUGCAAUUCUAGAAGUUCCUUACUUGGUCAAUGUACUCUCUAUCAGAUUGUAGGGGUUGAUGCUUAUAAUAUAUAGUUCAAAAAGAUUGCUUCUUUAAAAUAGUUAGUUGGGCAAGUGUAAUGGUAUAUCAUUUCUUGUUUUCAACUUGCUUUUCUGGUCAAUGAUGUUCUAAUCUUGAUUGCCUCAGCUGGUUAUUUGGAGAAGUUGAUGGCUGAAAUUGGCAAGAUUUUGACAGGUUAUGUAGUUGGGGUUAUUGUUGUAGCUUUUGCCCUUUUAGCUUCUGCUGAGCAAAUUGCAAAUAGAGGAACAAGUGAUGACUUUGAAUCAGCCUCCUUUUCUAAGUUAUUCAAUCUUCUGCAUUACCAACAUUUUUGGCCCGAAAUGGAAUUUGGAUGGAGAGUAAUUGUUGGUUCUGUCAUUGGGUUCUUUGCUGCUGCUUUUGGGAGUGUAGGAGGUGUUGGGGGAGGUGGUAUCUUUGUUCCCAUGCUUACUUUGAUCAUUGGUUUUGAUCCAAAAACAUCAACUGCAAUAUCAAAAUGCAUGAUAACUGGUGCAGCAGGGGCAACUGUCUAUUACAACCUCAAGCUAAGGCAUCCAAUACUUGACCUGCCCAUCAUUGAUUAUGAUUUAGCGCUUCUUUUACAACCAAUGCUGCUGCUUGGGAUCAGUAUUGGAGUUGUUCUUAAUAUUCUUUUUGCUGAGUGGAUGGUUACAGUUUUGUUGAUCAUUCUUUUCAUAGUUACAUCAACUAGGUCAUUCUUCAAGGGUGUUGAGACAUGGAAAAAAGAAACCAUAAUAAAAAAAGAGGUCUCCAGACGCUUGACAUCGAGCAAUGCUGGUGCUGAAGAUGUUGCGUACAAACUUCUACCCGGAGGUCCAAGAGUUAGAAAUGAAGGUUAUAAGACACUAGAGGUAUCAAUUGUUGACAACGUGUAUUGGAAGGAUUUCACUGUACUUAUCGCGGUGUGGGUCAUUCUCCUCGUACUGCAUAUCUUCAAGACUUAUACAUCAACUUGUUCAACGACAUAUUGGAUCUUAAAUGUCUUACAGGUCCCUGUUGCUGUAGGAGCUUCUGCAUAUGAAGCAGUUUGCUUGUAUAAGGGAACAAGGGUGGUCAUGUCAAGUGGUGAAGCAGUAAUAACCUGGAAAGUGCAUCAGUUGAUUCUUUACUGUUGCUGUGGCAUUUUGGCUGGUAUAGUUGGUGGGCUGCUAGGUCUUGGUGGAGGAUUCAUUUUGGGUCCAUUGUUUCUAGAACUAGGGAUUCCUCCUCAGGUUUCUAGUGCCACUGCUACCUUUGUGAUGAUAUUCUCCUCCUCCAUGUCCGUAAUACAAUAUUAUCUGAUAGGACGCUUUCCAGUACUGUAUGCCCUGCAUUUUGUUGCUGUGGCCACUGUUGCUGCCUUGGUAGGACAGCAUGUCGUACGAAAAAUAAUUAGCAUAGUUGGUAGAGCAUCUGUAAUCAUCUUUGUUUUGGCCUUCACAAUCUUUGUCAGUGCACUCUCAUUAGGUUGUGUAGGCAUAGCAGACACGAUUAGAAGGAUCAAAGAAGGGCAGUAUAUGGGAUUUGAUAGCAUCUGUGCAUAUAAUCCUUAAGUUUUGUAUAACUAGUGUCUUUCUGGACUUGUUGAAACAGAUUUUGACUUUGGCAGUUUUAAGGGCUUCUAGUUAGGAGGGUUCUGUUUUCAAACAUACACAUAACAGAGCUUCAUUCCUUCUACUUUUAUCAAUAAAUCUAAUUCAUGUAAUGUUGACUAAGCUGGAUAUAUAGUUCAUGAAAAUGUUAAACUUUCCUCUAUUCGUGUAAGUUUCUAUACCGAUGAAAGGAUGUACAUAGCUCCAUUCCUUCAA